UUCAUACGAUCUCCGCCCCCACACACACUGCCGUUGUUUUUGACUCUCCCUCUCUCUCCGUCGUCGUCCUCCCCUCGCGGCGGCGGCGCGGCGGCGCUCCAUAUCUUCACACUUCGAAACUCUCUCUCUCUCUCUCUCAAUCAAUCAUUCGGAGCUGCCCUCGCUGUCAACAAUGUCGCCCGUCUCGAUGUCGCUGGCCUCGCCGUCCCGCGGUUCCCGGCGGCUCCUCUCGCGGUCCUCAAUCGCGCCUUCUCUCUCCGCCUCCCGCGCCCGCACGUCCGUCGGCGCCGCCUCCCUGAGGCCGCCCGCGUUGCCGAGGAUCGUCUGCUGCUCCGGCUCUCUGCCGUCCUCCGCGGCCGCCGCCACCGCCGUCGCGGUCGCGGUGGCGGCCUCCAAAGGCAGGCCGGAGGGCGAGCGGAGGGAGAUCCGGCUCGGUCUGCCGAGCAAAGGGCGCAUGGCCGACGACACUCUCGGCCUCCUCGAGGAUUGCCAAUUGUCAGUCAAGCAGGUUAAUCCUCGACAGUACGUUGCAGGAAUUCCACAGCUUACUAGUUUGCAAGUCUGGUUUCAGCGACCAAAGGACAUUGUAAGAAAAUUGUUAUCUGGAGAUCUAGACAUUGGAAUAGUGGGUUUUGACACAGUUAGUGAAUUUGGACAGGGUAACGAAGAUCUUAUUAUUGUUCACGAUGAUCUUGAUUAUGGGGAUUGCCGUUUGUCUCUCGCAAUUCCCAAAUAUGGGAUCUUUGAGAAGAUCAAUUCGGUGAAGGAGCUAGCACAAAUGCCCCAAUGGACUAAAGAGAAACCGCUCAGAGUUGCUACUGGUUUCUCUUACCUGGGGCCUAAGUUCAUGAAAGAAAUUGGACUAAAGCAUGUGAGCUUUUCAACUGGUGAAGGAGCAUUGGAGGCAGCUCCUGCGAUGGGGACUGCUGAUGUUAUUUUGGACCUUGUAAGUAGUGGGACAACAUUAAAAGAAAAUAACUUAAAAGAAAUUGAAGGUGGUACAGUGUUGAAAAGCCAGGCUGUUCUUGUGGCAAGUAGGAAGUCACUAGUCCAACGGGAAGGUGUUCUUGACGCAAUUCACGAGAUUCUUGAAAGAUUGGAGGCACAUCUUAAGGCAGUUGGCCAAUUCACGGUAACAGCGAAUAUGAGGGGCAGGAGUGCAGAGGAAGUCGCUCAGCGAGUACUUAGUCAACCAUCACUCUCUGGUUUGCAGGGACCUACCGUAAGUCCAGUCUUUUGCAAACGCAAUGGAGAAGUGGUUUCGGACUACUAUGCAAUAGUCAUUUGCAUACCUAAAAAGGCGCUCUAUAGCUCUGUGCAGCAGUUGAGAGCAAUCGGGGGUAGCGGAGUUCUAAUAUCUCCGUUGACUUACAUUUUCGAUGAAGAGACUCCCAGAUGGCAGCAGCUUCUGUCCAUACUCGGGCUUUAGUUCUCGGUAGCCAGUGCUCAGGUCAACUAGAAGCACCCGAGUUGGAGAACCGGCUUUAGGAGAAGAUGGAGGAGGGGGUAGAAUUCAUCAGGAAUGUUGUAUCUUGGUUAUGUUGGUAGCUUUGCCGUAUCUGUUCUUUUAGAUUUGCAAUUACCUUUCCUCUAGGUAUUAUUUUUCCUCUUUGUUUGGUUUAUAGCGAUCGGUUUUAGAAUCUAAGGAAGUGUGGGAACAUUCUAAAGUUUAUUUUGCGACAUUAUUUGCAAGUGAUUAUUCGUUGAUGACAA